AUGGCGUCCCCUCAGAACAUUCGUCGGGCAGUUCUAGCUGCUGCGGUAACCUCCGUGACUAUUGCAGGCACAUUGUAUGGGGCUGGCCUAAAGACAAAUGAGGAGAUUGUCGAAAAUACCAAAAAACGCCAAGAAGCGACGUUCGAUGAGCAAAUGGCAGUUCUACAAGGCAUGCGCUCCAACCUGACAGCCCGAAGAGGAAUGAUCGAAACUCAAAUCCGAGACUUGGACACCAGGAUCCAAGAAAAGAACCAAAGAAGUACAGAGGGAAGCGACAAAGAGCGACCGCAGCAAGGCCGUUGA